AUGUUUUUAUGGUGGAUUUCACGGUCACGGGAACAAAGUUUGCAUGAAAAAGAACUGAGUUUGUCCUCUUUACCUCAAGAUUUCUUUUUGAAUAGUUCAACAAGACAUGAACAAUUCAUUUUGCUUUUUAUAAGUUGUUCCCGUGACCGUGAAAUCUCCCAUGUUCAUCAAACAACCCCGCAUAACUUGAACACGAUCCCGAUUCUAAAUGUUGUUGAAUAUUAUUCACAAGCGGGAGUUGAAUGA